CGCAAACUGUAUGGGUAAUGAUGAAUGUCCAUUGACAUUAGAUGAUGCUGGCGGCGUUUUAGGACAUGCAUACUUUCCUGACUCUAGCGGCACCUGUAGAGAAAUCCAUUUAGAUAUAAAUGAACGCUGGUAUUUUGGAAAUAAUCCUAAUAUACCCAAAAAUCAAACUAGUUUUCUUAUGGUGUUGGUUCAUGAAAUUGGACAUGCCCUCGGCAUAGCACAUAGUGCUUCUCCGAAUGCUAUUAUGUUUGCCUUCUAUCAGCAUGAGAUUCGUGGUCUAGAUGUUGAUGAUAUAAAUGCAGUACAAUAUCUAUAUGGAAGAAAAAACAAAUAUGAUUCAAUCCCAAAGUCUACCACCGCAUCAGCAAUACCAAAAACAACAACAACUAUAAGAUCUACAACUCCAGGAGUCCCCUCACAAGUGAUUGAAAUGGCAGAUAUAGUACUACAAUCUGAGUCUUCUUGCUUCUCUGGACUUACAGAUGAUUCUGAACUAGAAUAA